AUGAGUAGUCGCGGUGGUAAAUUAGCCCCAGAAGUCAAUCGAGCUCUGUUCGUCAAGAACUUGAGCUACAACGUCACGCCAGAGGACCUAUUCGACCUGUUCGGCAAAUUUGGCCCCAUUCGCCAAGUCCGACAGGGGAUCGCAAACAACACCAAGGGCACCGCAUUUGUCGUCUACGAGGAUGUACUAGAUGCCAAAUCCGCCUGCGACAAACUGAACGGGUUUAACUUUCAGAGCCGUUAUCUCGUUGUGCUUUACCACCAGCCAGACAAGAUGAUCAAGUCAAGAGAGGACAUUGAAGCCCGUCGCGAAUCUUUAGCUCGCCUGAAGGUGCAGCAUGGCAUCGAUUGA